AUGAAAGCUGAAUGUGAUAUUGGCAAGUGCAGGGACUGUCCCCAGCGAGCCAGCCCUGCGAAGACACCGCCCGGACGCAGGGGGCGCUGCGGCCCAGCUCACUGCCCCGGAGCCGCGGGGAGCCCCGCGCCGCGGAGCCUGCUGGGACGUGUGGUUCGCGGCGCGCAGGCGCAGUACCGGGAGUCGAGGGGGGCGGUGGCCCGGGGCGUCCCCGCAGCGCGCCGGGGUGACCGUGGGUCCGAGCGCCGAGGGACCGCGCAGCCCUCUGCCUGCCCAGGAACCUGCUUUGGCCAAAAGGAGAGAAUGGCUGCUGGCUAUCUGCCCCCCCAGUCCCAGGAAUAUGUGACCUUUGAGGAUGUGGCUGUGGACUUCUCCCCGGAGGAGUGGGGGUUGCUGGACCCUGCCCAGAGGAACCUGUACAGAGAGGUGAUGCUGGAGAACUACAGGAACCUGAUCUCCCUGGCCUUGAAGAACCAAAGUCCUGAUACAGGGAUUGAGGAUGGCCCGUUUUCCCCAGCACACGCCCCCCAGGUCACCAGCCUUUGCCCAUGGACAGGGCGUUCACUCUCUCGACCAGUGGUACCCUUCCCCUUGGAGCAAGGAGAAGCCAUGUGGAGGGAGGAAGGAAGAAUUCCCCCAAGCUCCUGCUCAGAUUGGGAGACCAGGUGGAAAAGCCAAGAGCUGACUUACAGGAAGGUGGUUUUUGGGGAAGAGCUGUCUGGUGGUACGAAUGUCAUAAGGCUUACCAGAAAAGACUGGGAAUGUGGCCAGCUCGAGGAGGACCACAAAGACCCCCAGGGGCUUCCGAGGCCAGUGGCGUGCAUCCAGGUAGAGGCAGCUCCUCAGGAGAAAGCUACUGCUUGGCAUGAACUUGGGGAAAAUGGUCAUCUGAGCUCAGACCUUGUUUUAUCACAGAGAAGCUCCAUAGGAAGACACUUCCGUGACUGUGACCUAGAUAUUAAGAGUAUGAUGUCUGACUCGCUUGUAAACUUCCAUCAGAUGGGACAUGCAGAUCAGAGACCCAGUGGGAGUGGCAAGUGUGGAAAAGCCCUCAGCCAAAAUGGUCAUUUUACACAACAAGAAAGAACUCAAACAGAGGGGAAUACUCUGGCUUACGUGAAAAAUGGAAAAUCACUGAAUCGUAGUGUGGCUCUUACUAUACACAACAAAAUUCAUGUGGUGGAGAAGCCCUACGAAUGUCACCAGUGUGGGAAGGUGUUUAACCGGAGGCACUCCCUGAGUGAACAUCAGAGGAUUCACACGGGAGAGAAGCCCUACGAGUGUCAAGAAUGUGGGAGAGCCUUCACGCACAGCUCCACCCUCACUCGCCACCUGAGGACUCACACCGGGGAGAAGCCCUACACAUGCGGCAAGUGUGGGAAAGCCUUCAACAGGAUCUCGUCUCUGACUCAGCAUCAGAGGAUCCACACGGGGGAAAGGCCCUAUAAAUGCACAGACUGUGGGAAAUCCUUCUGCCAGAGCUCCUACCUGAUUUUGCACAAGAGAACGCACACUGGCGAGAAGCCCUAUGAAUGUAACGAAUGUGGGAAAGCCUUCAUCGAUCGGUCCUCUCUCAACCAGCACGAGCGAACUCACACCGGCGACAGCCCCUACGAAUGCGACCAGUGUGGAAGAGCCUUCAGCCAGAGGUCUUCCCUUGUGAGGCAUGAGAGAACUCACACUGGAGAGAAACCAUACAGCUGCAAUGAGUGUGGGAAAGCCUUCAGCCAGAGUUCCUCCCUAAUCACUCAUCAGAAAACCCACGCUAGUCAGAAAACCUAUAAAAUAAUUGACUGUGGAAAAGUGUUCUAUCGGACCAGCCACCUUAUUGGAUUUUAGUGAUUGCCUGCUAAAGUGUGAAGCACUUUUUAGCACUCUGCCACAUCAGUAUAGACCUUGAUUUGGUGUAAUGUAUUAGUUGAAAAGAAGAGGCUUACAGCACAUUCUUGAAAGAAUGCUCUGGGGUCUAGAACUGAGAAAGGGCCAUCGAGCUACACCCGAUGAGUUCCAUGCUCUUGGAAAAGAGGAAUGGGAUUUCGCUGAGAAUCAUCCCAUGUUUAGUUGCUGAAACAAAAGGUAUCCUGUUUCAGCUUUCAACUUCUCAUGUGAGUAUUCCGAAUUUUCCCCCAAUAUUCUUUUUCAGUAUUUUACUUCAGCAUUCUACUCUUUUUGGUCACUUAGCUAGACCCUAAUUUAUCUCACACACUACUUUGGCAAGGCCAAGAAUGUUUUCUAAGACAGCGCUUUAGAUUGAAGUAAAAAAAAUAAUAAUAAAGAAUGCAAAAUA